UUGUGACACCUUCAGGAGUAAACCUCCCUUCCAUUUACUGCCAAAUCCUGAGAAUCCAGUGUUCUCCUGGCAUAUUUAUUCUAUGGCCAUUAAUAAGGAAUUGUAAUUACCUUUGUUUCCUUUUAACUAUUACAAAUACACAUGGCAAAAAUUCAGUCUAUACAAGGUGCUUAUGUGAAUUCUUUGGGUAAAUUCUACAGGAACCCUGGCCUCCUCAAAUGGUAUACAUUUGGUUUAUGUCUAUAAGCUUCUCUUUUACAGUCCCAGCACUUAGGAGACAAAGGCAGGUGGAUGGAUCUCUUUAAGUUCCAGACCAGCCAGGGAUACAUAGAGAGAUCUUAUCUCAAAAAAUGAAACCAAACAGUAACCCAAAAGAAAACCUUUCUCUCUCAAGAUUAUUAUAAGAGCUCUAUUCUGGGAAGGUUAUGACCCACAGGUCAAUAGUAACUUACAGAGAAAGCUCUAAUUGCAGACAUUUUCUCCAGACCGCAUUCACUAAGUACUUCUUUCUGUGUCUGGCAGAUCUUGGAACAAUGUGUUAUAAAUGUAAGAAAUAUCAUCUUGGGUUAUGCUACGGACUCAUGAAAUCCUGCACACUGAAGCAUAGACAGUCCUGUGCUGCUGAGAACUUUUACAUACUCACGAACAGAGGGCAGAGCAUGUAUCAUUAUUCAAGACUGUCAUGUAUGACCAACUGUGAGGACAUCAACUUCCUGAGUUUUGAAAGGAGGACAGAGCUAAUUUGUUGCAAGCACAGUAACUAUUGCAACCUCCCAAUGGGACUCUAGUUCUGAAUUUAUUAUGGGUUUGGUAUCAUUCUUCAACUUACUACCAACUCCCUUUCCCCUAAAGUCUGUAUUUACUCUCCCCACUAACUAACAAUAAAUGGGAAAGUCAUUUGUCCAUGAAAAGAGAAUCAGUCAUAUGAGAAACUGGGCUAGGAGUUCGUCCUCAUUUCUAAGCAAAUCUUUGCUAAUUCUUUUUGUCAUAUCUAGCAGGGUACUUUGAUCUGUGGACAGUCCUGGUCAUCAUGAGUAGGUCCGGAAUUGAUCACCUCGUGUACAAGCCCAUGAGUCUUUGGCUCAAAAUGUCAUCCCACCUCUGUACAGGGAAAUCUGUAAAUAUACUCUGUGUUGG